AUGUAUCAGUUCUACUUGCCAGCCAAGGUUCAUAAAACUAAUUUCAAAGUUUGCGAGACGAAAAAUAUAAUUCGCAAUUUCGUUAAAGAUCUUACACUGGCGUUAAAAAUGAUCGCUGACGAUUGGAUGAAAGCCAAGUGCGAAAAAGAGCAGCGCGUGAUGAUAAAAUACGCACAGAACGCGCGAAUCAUCCUCAUCUUUGGAUACGUUCUCAUGAUCGUAGGAUACAAUUUCAUCAUCCUUUUACCGUGCUUCGGAACAUCGCUGAGAUAUGUAACAAAUAUCACCAAUCUGGCCAAGAACCUGCCACUAGAAACGUAUUACUUUUAUAAUAAAGAUCAGACUCCGUAUUAUGAACUCACAUUUAUUGCGCAAGCUCUGCUAUUGAUAAUAGCAAUUGCAUCUUAUACUGGCGUGGAUAAUCUGCUCGGCUUACUGGUAUUCCACUUGUGUGGCCAGAUGGAAAAUUUGAAAGAACGAUUGAUCAAUAUGAAGCGAUAUAAAAAUAUUUGCGUCGAUCUCACUUUCAUUGUCGAGGAUCACAUACGGCUAAUCAAAUAUUUUGACAUUGUUGAGAGUACAUUCACUCUACUGCUACUCGGAUUGCUGCUUUAUUUCGGCAUUCUAUUCUGUCUAUGCGGAUUUUUGAUCGUUGCGAUACUCACGGAAGGAAAGAAAAUGUCAAUGAUACGUUUGAUAUUCCUAAUAUCUAUAAUGUUAAACAUUUGCGGCCAUAUGUGUCUGUAUUGCGUAGUAGGCGAAAUUCUGAUAGCACAAUGCGAAGGUGUAUAUCAUGCAGCAUAUAAUUACGAAUGGUACACGUUGGAGCCGAAACAGGCGAAAGAUCUGAUCCUAAUAAUGAUACGGGCCAACAAGCCCCUGUAUAUUACAGCUGGGAAAAUGUUUCCUAUGACACUGUCGAUGUUUUGCGACUUAGUAAAAACUUCAGGCGGCUAUGUAUCAGUUCUACUCGCCAGCCAAAGUUCAUAAAACUAAUUUCAAAGUUUGCAGAGAAAGAAGCAUCGUAUUAUAAUAUAUUCAACGAAAUACAAAAAAAUGUACGAAAUAUAUAAAAAUACGUAUAUCACAUAUAAAAUUAUAACACAAAAUCAAAAUACAUAUAUAAAUAUUAUACUUAUCGCAAAAACUCGUCAUUUAAAAUAUUUUCUCCUAAAAUUAAAACGUUGUGUAACGAUUUUGCAAACCGCUAUAUCAUAAUAUUAGAAGAUAUAUCAUAUAUAAAUGCAAAUUAAACUAGUAAUUAACAAAUUCAUUGCAACAUAUGUUGUCGGUGAUGCGCGAUAUAUUUGUAUUUAAUGGCAGUAAUAAACGUUUGUAUUAUGCUUAUAUGUAUCACUGCCGAUCGAACUUAUCGCUCAACUUAUUACUCAGCUUAUUGCUCUAACCACUAUUGAUCAAUAACUAAAGAAGGUGUCUGUUUUUCACGUGAAUUUUUUGUUUUUAUCAAUAACAAAUAACAGAACAAGUUCAACGAUAACUCUGAUAAUUUCCGCAAUUAAAAAUUCUUACCGUGUAUCAAGAUUCACCGAUAACUUUAGCCCUUUAUUUGAUUCGCCCGAAAUGUGCAAUGUUUUCUCGUUUAUCUUCAUUAUAUCAAAAAAAUUAUACAACUGCAAUAUUAUUCUCUUUAACACUCUUCAUCCCACCAGCGUAGCAGCACUCCCAAAAAUAAAGAUUAUUAUUUUGUUAUAACGAUAUUUGUGUAUAAUGUUAAUCACUUUCAUCUUAAUACAAGAAAGCGUUAUUUAUGAAACUUUAGUACUUUAGCUAUACAUAUCCCAACGCAACACAAUGUAAGAGACACUUGUCACCGAUAAUAUGUUGUUAUAAUACGUAUGACUACAAAUGUAUCGUCUAUACUACACGCAUGAAAAGUCGGAGGAUCUCCAAGACACUGCACUGGAAGGUAUGGUAUAUGUAAAACGCGCAUGCUUCGUUAUAGUUCGAAUAGAAGGGGUAUGAUAGAGGGUAUGGAGAGAGAGUAUCAUUAAAAUUUUAAAGCUGCCACCCUAACGAAAAACUUGUGUUAUUACGACAACUAUAUUACAUGUGUGAGGUAC